UUGGCUUCAGAAGCAAAUCUGGGUUAACCAGAAAUUGUUACUAUGGUCAGUUACUUCCACGAGAACCUGUUGACUCUGGGUAGAACAACAGCUUUUAAAAAUGGGUUUAAACAAUUCUUUCAUUUGGCGAAUACUCGAUGCCUAAGUGCUAGACUUAAGGAAUGCAAAGAUCAGUAAGGCACCGUCCUAAAUACCUCUGCCUAGAUGGGGCACAGAUUUCAACACAGAAAUGAUAAUUGCAAUAAUGAAGGCAGCCAAAGGGUUGACAGGCUCCUAAUUGAGAGCCAGCUAAUUCAGGGGCAGUUCACGAUGGCUUCAGGGAUGACUGAAUUUUGAAGGACAAAGGGUAGGAGGGAUUGGGCAAGCCAGACCAACAGUUUAGAUGGAAGGCCUUCGUUUGCCCGGAACUGGGGGAAGGAGGGUUGGGGAGUGGGCGGAGGAGAACCAAAAAGGAAGCGAUAGGUAGCGUGAAGAGAGCCAGAGGUUGGGGACAGAGCCUGAUGGGGCAUUAGCUAGGCAAUCUCGAAUACUGAUCCCUAUGGCAGUCUUCUUUCCUCCGCCUUUUGAAUUGUAGAUGGCCCAUUAAGGAGAGAGCCUCCCAGCGGUCCUGGCGCAGGAUACUCUGCAAGAAGCGCUGUACCCCAACUUCACAACCCGUCUGCGAUUGGGAAGUUGGGGAGAACUCACGAAGGGCAACGGCUCACGUGCCGAAACUGGGACCGACGAGAUGAGAUUUGCCGGAAUUCGGGGGGCCUUUUUGCCUUUCCAGGGCCGCGGGGUACGGGGUAUGAGGAAGGGAGAAUGACUCAGAAUGUCCUUCCGGGACGCGCAGCCCGCCUGGGGAGGAAAAGAGCUGGUUGACACCGGAUGUGCUUCCUCCCAGGCUAAGCCCACCUUCCGGCCCGGGCUGCCGCUGCCGCGGAAAGCUUGGCUCUGGUUUUCCGAGUGGAUUGUGACCAUGGCUGCUGAGUCUGAUGUUCUGCACUUCCAAUUUGAACAGCAAGGAGAUGUUGUCUUGCAGAAAAUGAAUCUCUUGAGACAGCAGAAUUUAUUUUGCGAUGUGUCAAUUUAUAUUAAUGACACUGAGUUCCAGGGGCACAAGGUGAUUUUAGCUGCUUGCUCCACUUUUAUGAGAGAUCAGUUUUUACUCACACAGUCAAAACAUAUCAGAAUCACCAUCUUGCAGAGUGCAGAAGUUGGCAGAAAAUUGUUGCUCUCUUGCUAUACUGGAGCACUCGAAGUUAAAAGGAAAGAGCUUUUAAAGUAUUUGACUGCUGCUAGUUACCUUCAGAUGGUUCACAUUGUGGAAAAGUGCACAGAAGCUUUGUCAAAGUAUUUGGAAAUUGAUCUUUCUAUGAAAAACAAUCAACAUACCGACCUGUGUCAAUCCUCUGAUCUGGAUGUUAAGAAUGAAGAAGAAAACUCAGAUAAAGAAUGUGAAAUAAUUGAAAUUUCAGAAGAUAGCCCUAUAAACAUAGAUUUCCACGUUAAAGAAGAGGAAAGCAAUGCUUUACAGUCCACAGUAGAGAGCUUGACAUCAGAGAGAAAGGAAAUAAAGUCACCAGAGCUGUCAGUAGAUAUAGGUUUUAAAGACAGUGAAAUUUGUAUCCUCCAUGUGGAAUCUAUCAGUACUGGCGUAGAAAAUGGGCAGUUUUCACAGCCUUGCACCUCUUCAAAAGCAAGCCUGUAUUUCUCUGAAACACAGCAUUCACUGAUCAAUUCUACGGUUGAGAGCAGAGUGGUAGAAGUUCCUGGGAAUCAAGAUCAGGGCUUGUUUUGUGGGAAUACGGAAGGAAGUCAUGGUACAGCGAAUGAGAUUCAAAAUGUGGAGGAUGUUUAUUCACUGAGGCACCAGUGCCCCAGGUGUCCUCGAGGAUUUCUUCAUGUCGAAAACUAUCUGCGCCACCUUAAGAUGCAUAAACUAUUCUUGUGCUUACAGUGUGGGAAAACAUUUACACAGAAGAAAAAUCUCAACCGCCAUAUUCGAGGGCACAUGGGCAUAAGGCCCUUUCAGUGUAGUGUGUGCUUGAAGACAUUUACUGCCAAAAGCACGCUGCAGGACCACUUGAACAUACACAGCGGGGAUCGGCCGUACAAAUGCCACUGUUGUGACAUGGAUUUCAAGCACAAAUCUGCCCUCAAAAAGCAUUUAACCUCUGUCCAUGGCCAGAGCAGUGGUGAAAAAUUACCUAGGCAUGAUCUCAAAAGGCAAAAUCUGUUAUAAUUAGAAUCACACUUGCUCUGUAAGCCUUAUGUCAUUCUAUUAGGCAAGUCUUUCUGUAGACAUGCAACAUUUGUAAUAUUGCAUUUGCCCCCCAUUUUGGGUCUUAUUUUUGGUCUGCCUACAUGUUAUUCUUUCAGAACUACCAGUUCCAAAGUGUAGGAGACAUGAUAAAGCUGAUGGGAUGCUAUCUUGUCUCAUGCAUUAUAUAUAAAUCCCAGUGGUAUACCUAGAGAAAUACUGUUCUUCUUUUAAAUAUUCUUCAUUCUAGUGACAAAGGAUCCAGCAGUAUUUCUGGAUUGUGAUUUUGAGUCUCUAGAUAAUUGAUAAAAGUGCAAAAUCCAACCAUAUAAUAACUUUAACAAAUUAGGAUAAUGGGAAGAGAAAAUAAAUUUUAAAAGUUAUUCAUUAUUAGUUAUUUUAAGAAUAGAUAGGACUAGUGAAUUUUUUUUUUUUAACCAACAGCUAUUGGAUUGUAAACUAAACACCAAGGUACGUGUUGUUUUAAACUCUAAAGGAACACAAUUCAUAUUCACUUGAUUGUAGCAGAAUUUCCUUAUACAUGGGUUAAUAUUCUUUACAGUACUAUUUCCACGAUUUGUUGAUAUAUUUUUUACAAAUGGUUAAUUGGGCCUGAAUGUCUUGAUUUUAUUUAAUGCAGUUUCAUUUAAUAAUUUUGUGGCCAGUAAAAUUAUACCUUUGGCUCAAAGCUCUAAAAAAUUACUUAGAAAUUCCAACUUUACCAAAGAUAUUUGUUCUACUCUUUCUUUUUUUUAAUUUAUUUUUUAUUUAACAUAUAGUAAAAUUGACCUUUGUCAAUUUUGUACCUAUGUAUAGAAAUGGUGUCCUCAAAACACUAGUGCAAACAUCUUUGAGGUCAUCAGGUGAAGAAACACUUCCCAUAUCUAACAGCUUCUCCUUGCUCGUUUCUUGAACAGUGAUGCCCGCUGCUAAACGAUUUGUUUUUGGUGUACAGUUUCAUGAAUUUUAACACAUGUAUAGAUUUGUGCAACCACCACUGCAAUCAGGGUACAGAACAUUCCAUCACCCCACAAAACUCCCUUAUGCUGCCCCUUUGUAGUCAAUUCCUCUUCCUAACUCUUAAGUCCUGGUACCAGUUCUCUAUUGCUAUAGUUUUGCCUUUUCUGUAAUGCCAUAAAUGGCAUCUUAGAGUAUGUUCCCCUUUGAGAUGUUUUUUUCACGUAGCAUUAUGCCUUUGAGAUUCAUCCAUGUUGUGUGUAUCAAUAGUUUAUUCCCUUUCUUAUUUUGAAUUGUCAGUAUAAAUUUUAUUGCUGUCACUAGGUGAACAGUUUAAACAUGAGUAUUCAUGUUCUCGUAAUUAUUAAUAACUUCAUUAACAUUAAUGCAAUUUUUACUUACUAUGUGUUGACAGAAAUUUUAACCAUCUCUAGAGUUUUAUGCUAUCUUUCCAGAAAUGUGCCAAAAGGAAAACUCAACUGUAUUACUUAGAGUGAUAUUUCAGAUUGUGUUAUGAGCCAUCGCUCUCUCAUAUCUUUGUCUACAUGUAGCACAAAACAUUUUUUUGUUGUUUUCGUAAUGCCGAUUGAAAUAUAUUGCAGGGCAAAUCAUAUUCUCUAAAACACAGGAACUACUUUUAGUAAAGAAGCCUGAUUGUAUGCAUCUUGUUUUCAAGAUGUUCCAUUCCACUUCUAGUCACCUCAGCUUUAUGUAGAAUUUCUGCUAUAAUUAGUUGUUGUUGAAGCCCUUCCAUGUUUUAAUAUGUAAUAAUACUUUACCAUUUAUAAGAAUUUUGUGAUGAAUCACAUGUUAAUUGUUAAAAAUGUUAAUUAUCCUUUCUGUGAUAUAUUUGUAAGAAAUAUAUUCUCCAUUGAAUUUUAACUCAGACUAAAGAAUCCAGCUCGUAUUUGAUAAGAAAACUGACUUCUUGACCCCCAGGUCACCAGUUAGUGACACUGGACAGAUCACUUCUUGAGCUUUCCUUAAAUUCAUAUGUAAAAUAAUGACUUUGAUCUUGAUAACUUGUAAGAUUAUUUCCGGGUCUAAAAUUCUAUGAAUUUUAAUUUAAAUCUUCCUGCGUUCCUAAGGACAAGGAAGAAGAGAAAGCAAGAGAGGAGAGUUUGGUGUCUUUAUGAAUGUUGCUAGUUGCAUACUCCGUUGGAGACAAUUUUUCUAAAAUAAAGUGUUUUUCUUCUACUUGAGAACAAAUAAUGUGGCGUGUAAUUUUCUUUCCCAUUUGACCUAUGAUUGGCCAUUUGUAGGCAUGAAAACAUUUUUUUCCCCAGAAAUAGUUUACGAUUGAAAUACUUUUCUUAUUUUUGCUUCCUGGGAUGAAAUUUUCUGUGGGAGGGAUGGAGAUAGGAGGGGCGGGUAAAUGAAUAGUAGUAAACUGUUUUUUUAGGAAUUGUUAUCAACUGUCUUUGAUGUUUAAAAAUUAUUGUUGAACUGUUUAGUUUUACGUGUGCCUUGUAAGAUUCUUGUGAAAUUUUUUGUAAGCACUUUGAAUUUUGCUUGAGGGGAGGGGUAUUUUGUGAAAGUAAUGAUUGUUAUUUAUUAUUUAUUCCUAUUCAGUUAGCACAGAGUGAUCUCAAAACAUUCCUAGAAGAGUGUCUGAUGUGUUUGCAUGAUGUGUUUAAACAAUUUCAGGAAAAUAAAAUCUUUUAAAAUGCUGGUAUGGCAAAGUAAAGUGUUGAAUUUAUUCAUUUAAAAUACUCACUUUUAGUUUGUGUUUCUGAUAUGAUGGAAAAAAUGUAAUAUGUUUGUGUUCAGCCUUUUCAUUUACUGCAUUUAUGUAUAAAAGAUCCUGGAAAGGUAGUUGUUACUUUAAUGUAAGAGAAAAUCUUUUUUUUCCUUGGAUGUACUUAUCCUAUAUGUUUACAUAAGAAAUAAUAAACUGGAGGUGGGAAUGAAAA